UUUCUAGUAUAAGCAGCACCUUUUCAAAAAGGAGGAAAUGAUUUUAGAGGUCCUAAGUUUAGUUGCGAGUUUGCCUUUUCAUCUAGAAGCUCUUGAGUGCUAUAUUUGUACAAAUGAGGAGGGAAACUGGAAUGAUUGCAUUAGAACUAUCCAAACUUGCGAACCUUUACAAGAUACCUGCCAGUCUAUUGUUCAGUAUCGAACUCCUUCUUUCUGGACUGUCCUGGCUGAGAGAAGGGCAUUUGUUACAAAAGGCUGCACAACAACAUCAGCUUGUCAAAUGAUGUCAUCUGUCAUCUCAGAGCGUUGUUCCAGAUCGAAAACUCGAGACUGGAUUUGUUCUUACUGCUGUAACAGUGAUCGUUGCAAUUAUUAUGUACCUGGAGGCGCUCUACGGAUAUGGAGUCCUCAUACCUAUACAAUGUUGUUCAUCGUCUGUCUGUGUAGCAUAUUUUGGAAAUUUGUAUGAUCAUAUACGCAGUUGAAAUAACUGUGAAAAUGUAAGUAAACAGUCACAUUUUAUGAAUACAAGUUUUCCGAAACGAAGCAAAUAUGUUCUUCUAUCUAAUUAGUCAACCAUUGUUUUGCUGUAUAAAGCUGACACUUUACAAUAAAAUGUGAUAAAAUAAGAACAUUUACGCUCAACAGAACCUCAGAAUAACCAAACCUUUCUCGUUCAUUAAAAUCCAGAACGUGCUUGCUUUUUAAGUCUCACAUCACUAUCCAGUCUCUUUUGCUUCAGAGAAUUUGUUAUUUUUUCUGUUGACUAGCUAUAAGUCUCUUACAGUAACAUACUAACAAGUUGUUGCAAGGAAUGUUAAUAUUCGUUAACAGCAAUAUAACAAAAAGGUAGUGCACACAAAAAUAAACCUGAAUUAACCUCUUUUGAAUUCAAAAUACGAUAAACUCCACAGAUUGAUGAAUUAAAAUUCGAAGCACCAUAUAUAGAUUAACUUUACGGGAUUUGUCUUGUAAAAAAAAUACAGUAAGCAAAAGGCUUGUACGUUUGUGUACUACAAUUGUUAAAAUCCUUUGUUUAAAAAGCUGCUGGGUCCAGCUUACCAGUCCCAAAUGUCUAAAUUUAAUGUGGAUAAUACUAAAGACUGGGAUUGAUUAAUCUAAAAGAUCUAUUCAGUGAUACCAUAACUACAGACAACAGAAUAAAAUCCACACUGACAGAAGCUUUUAAAUAACUAAUGAAAUUUUAAUCACUCAUUCGUCUUCUAUGUAUCUACUGAUUAUGUCUUCUGGAAAGACACCACUCAGUCUAGAGGACAUAACACCUUCAAAAACAAACAUUCUGAUAUGGGGAUCGAUCGCUAAAAUGAAGUCACUGUUAAAAUAUCUUAAAAUAGAAGUAAGUGGUUAUCAAUGUUUCUUAGGCGAACCAUUAAAAGUUCAUAACAUCGGCUAAACUUAUUUUUUUGGACAUUAUAAUCAAAAAAAAAUUAAGGUUUAGAGAAUAUCUCUAAUGAUCUGCAGUACUCUCUUGAAAAUGAAUUCGUUGACAAGCGCAAUUCAUGUAAAACAAUAUUUUCCGUCCCGUUAUACGAAUCUUGGUUUAGUUUUUCAUCCAGACAUUGAUUCGUAUUACUCUUUGUAUCCCAAUAACUACGUGAUUAGAUCAUUAUCUGACAGAUAUGUCCAUAUAAAAUGCCUCAAUAAUUUAGUUUCUUUAUUAAGAAUAGAAUACAUUUGCUGUUCAAACUGUGGAGUUGAAAGUUAAGUAGAAAUAUGAGUUGCAGUGUCCUGUUCAUAAAGUUGUUGUAAAUACUGUACGUAUAUGUGCAUUGUCUGAAAGAGUUGAAAAAUUUCUUUUUUUUAGAUUUCACGUCGGAAAAUACUUCU